GGAGGGUAGUGGAGGAAAGGCAUGGAGGGGAGAGGAGGCGGGGAGGGGAGGAUUGGUGUGGAGUGAAGCCGAGGCAUGGAAGGGAAUGUGGAGGUGUAGUGGAGCGGGAGCAUGGCAAAGAAAGGAGACAUGUGGCCCCUCCUAUGUCAGAUAGUGCGGACUCAGAUGUGCAGCAGAACAAGCGAACCAAGAGACAGAAAUCAAGGGGACCCAUAUAUACCAAAGAGGAGAAUGCUGCAUUGGUUGCUGCAGUAUCAAAAGAAAAAGUGACACUCUUCUGCCAAUCCGUGCCAGCAUCUGAGAAGUCAGCAGCCUGGGAACGAGUCCGGGACUCCGUGAAUGCGGUCUCCAAGUUUCACAGGCCCACCAAUGGCGUCAGACACAGGUUCUAUGAUUGUCGGGCAACGGUUACAAAGAAGAUGCAGAGGCUUCGACUAGGACAAAACCGAGGAAAGCCUAUCAAGUUGCGAGAGUGGGAGGCGGAGCUAAGAGAUGUCCUUCUGGCAGAGGAUGUCCCUGGAUUCAGCAGCAGGGGUCAAAAUCAUAGAGCUGGUGAUCAAGAAACAUCAUCCUUGGAAGGAUCAGCUCCAACUCCAAGUACAUCCUAUCAACAACAUUCUGGUGAAAGCUGCAUUCAAGACCCUCCAGCAUCGGCUUCUGGCAGGACCAUUGCUCCUCCUCAGGAUCAGCAAUACCACCCUGAGAGGAGAGUACAGUGCAGCCCGCACUCUCCUGUUCUUCUUUUGGAGAGGCUGGAGAUUCAGCCAGAGAUUACCCCUAUCAUUCCCCAGACUCCUGAUUUCUCCCCCGGCCCAGAGGAGGAGCACAGAGGACAAGGUUCAUUCAUUCAGCCACCCCAUGCCCUGAUGCCACCUACUGCUGUACCGCCUUUCCCAACUGUGCAGGAGAUCAUUCUGAGGGAGCUUAUAGAAUUAAGGUGUGACAACCGAAAACUACAACGAAAGGUCAAAAGGCUUACCCGGCUUACCCAUCAGUUGAGCAGGCAGCAAACUGAGAGUUUUGAAAUAAUUUUGGCCCGGGCAAGCCAACAACACAAUUAGGCAUUGGACAGAGUAUAUUUUGUUUACUUGAAGAUAUUUCCAGACACAUUGCUCCAAUGCCUGGGAGCUACGAUGAACAUAUAACCAACAAAGACGUUUUGAAAAAUGAAGGCUAGACCUUCCUCUGCCCAUCUCAUCGCAAAUUAUUAUGCAGAAUCGAUCUUUUUACUGUUCCUUGAUUUUGGUAGAAACGUUUUCUUAUGCUGCCAAGUUACACCUACCCAGCAUGUGUGUUUGUAAUUUCUAUGAAAAUAUUUUUUUUUUUGUGAAUAUAAAACUAUUUUUGGUCUAA